AUGGCGACCAGUCCAGGCGGCGGCUUCAUUGCCGGCAUGUACGAGGAUGUCCAACUCCCCAUCUUCGACGUGCAAAGAGUGCAGAUGCGCUUCGACAUCUCGGCCGACUUUGUGGCAGCGCAGGUAGCGAACAAUGUUCUAGUUCUGGCCCUGUCCACGGGCAGGAUCCUACGAUUUGAUCUGGACAAUCCCGAGGAUAUCGACGACAUCGACCUUCCCAAGCGACCGGCAGAGAUUGGCGUCAUCAGGAAGCUCUUCCUCGAUCCAUCGGCUUCACACCUGCUGAUUACGACGACGCUCGGCGAGAACUACUACCUACACACUCAAUCACGACAGCCCAAAGCAUUGGGCAAGACUCCCAAAGGAGCUCAAAUCGAGAGCGUGGCAUGGAAUCCCUCCCAACCUACAGCUUCAACGCGCGAGAUCUUGCUGGGGACGGUGGACGGCAGUGUCUAUGAAACCUUUAUCGAGCCCAGCGCCGAAUUCUACAGGAGUCAAGAGAAAUACUUCCGUUUGGUAUACAGUCCGCAGGAAGGCCCAAUUGUAGGCCUACAUGCGGAUGUGUUGUCCACUCGCCCGGAGACAAGGAGGGUGUUGGUCGCGACACAGCACAAGCUGUUCCACUUUGUUGGCAGAACGGGUGGUCGUGGAUACGAAUCCAAUGGAUCCAUCUACGCGAAGCUGUUCGAGAGUGAAUCUCCUACGGUGCAUGAGGUGGAUCGUGGCUCCGUCACAUCGCCUUCCUGUCUGGCGACAUCGCCUGAUUCCCCGAAUGUGCCUGCCGCUGGGGUAGACGGGGUGAGUCCAGAGCGAGCAUACGCCUGGCUCAGCACUCCAGGGAUCUUUCAUGGAGAUCUCAAAACCUCUGCACCAGAUCUCAUCUCGCUCGGCAAGCAGGUCUUCCGGGAAUCAAAGACAUUUCCCCAAUCGAAGCUACCACCUAUACAGACAGCAGGCGGCCGGAGUCGGGUUACUCAGCCCCCGAUAUCCUCCAUGAUACUGAGUCAAUUCCACAUAUUGGCUUUGGUAGAGGGACGGCUGACGGGCAUCAAUCGAUUGGACGAGACUGUCGUCUACAAUCAGCAGAUCCUUGAAACUGGACAGGCAAACCUAGGGCUCUUCGCAGACCACCAGAAAAACACAYUCUGGAUGUUCACCGCCCAGGAAAUCUUCGAAAUCGUGGUCACAGAUGAAGCGAGAGAUGUGUGGAAGAUCAUGCWCAACCAAGGCCAGUACGAGACCGCUCAACAGUAUGCCAAGACGCCGGAACAGAAAGACGCCGUUGCGUCAAGGACUGGAGAUCAUCUCAUGUCACAAGGCAAGUUCGCAGAGGCGGCUGUGAUUCUAGGGAAAAGCAGCAAAGCCUUCGAAGAUGUUGCGCUUGCGUUCAUCGACAAAGGUGAGCAGGAUGCUCUUCGGAAGUACCUGCUUGUAAAGCUGUCGGGCAUGAAGAAGGCCAGCAUCAUGCAGCGAAUGAUGCUCGCAAGUUGGCUGCUGGAGCUAUACAUGGCGAAGCUCAAUCAGCUUGAUGAUACCAUCUCGACUAGAGCUGAACUUACUGCAAGUGGAUCAGGAGCUACCUCCAGCGACACGGAACAACAGCUUUCCAACAUUCGCAAGGAGUACCAAGACUUUGUCUCGAAAUACAAGCCCGACCUCGAUCGCAAGACUGCGUACGAGAUCAUCAGCGCGCACGGCAGAGAAGAAGAGCUAUUGUACUACGCAAAUGUCGUCGAGGAUUACAACUACGUUUUGUCAUACUGGGUGAAUCGCGAGCGAUGGAACGAGGCCAUGACUGUACUGAAGAAGCAAACCGAUCCGCAGAUGUUCUAUCGCUACAGCAGUGUUCUCAUGGCGCAUGUCGCCGUCGAGCUCGUGGAGGUUCUCACACGACAGACCAACUUGGACACAAAAAAGAUAAUACCGGCUCUUUUAAACUACAACAAGAUCGCUGGCACCACAGUUCCGCUGAAAGAGAACCAAGCGAUCAAAUACCUCCGGUUCUGCAUUGAUCGCGAACUUUCCAGCGAACCGGCCGUCCAUAACACGUUGAUUUCAAUGUACGCAGCGCACUCGACACGCGACGAAAGCGCUCUGUUGUCUUACCUGAAGACUCAAGCAGAUAGAGGAUAUUACGAUGCCGACUUUGCACUGCGUUUGUGCAUCGCCCAUAAGAGGGUGCAGUCUGCGGUGCACGUCUAUGAAAUGAUGCAUCAGUACGCUUCUGCCGUCGAACUCGCACUCAAAUACGAUGAAGUCGAGCUCGCUGCUAGCGUCGCAGAUCAGCCCGGUAUUGAUGAUGCGCUGCGCAAGAAGCUGUGGUUAAAGGUCGCCAAGAAAGUAAUUGGUCAGAACAAAGGGAUCAAAUCUGCUAUUGAGUUUCUCAAGCGAUGUGAACUACUGCGAAUCGAGGAUCUCAUUCCAUUCUUCCCUGACUUUGUGGUCAUUGAUGACUUCAAGGAAGAAAUCUGCGCUGCUCUAGAGGAUUACAGCAGGCAGAUUGACGAGCUGAAGAGAGAAAUGGACGAGAGUGCUAGCACGGCGCAGCACAUCAAGCAGGAUAUCAAAGCUUUGGAUCAGAGGUAUGCGAUUGUGGAGCCGGGCGAGCGAUGCUGGAAGUGCAGGCUUCCACUCCUAAUGAGGCAAUUCUUCGUGUUUCCUUGUCAACAUGCUUUCCAUGCAGACUGUCUUGGGGAGAUGGUCAUGCAAAUCGCCGGCAUGGGCAAGGGAAAGAGAAUCAGGGAAUUACAGAAGGAAAUAGGACGCGGUGUUGCGCUUGGGACAAGAAGGGAGGGUAUGGUGCGCGAAUUGGACGGCCUCGUUGCUGGAAAUUGUGUCCUUUGUAGCGAGAUGGCGGUCAAGCAGAUUGAUGAGCCAUUCAUCACUGCCGCUGAUGACGAGAAUGAGUGGGCACUAUGA